AUGAAGGUUAUCGAGCGGUUCUGGCAACUAGAUGAACCAGAAAAGGCAAACAAAAAUCUAUCUCCUUCCGAAGAGUUGUGCGAGUCUCAUUUUGCAACUUAUAUGAAAAGGAAUCAAGACGGUCGAUUCAGUGUCAGAUUACCCUUCAAGCAAGAUCCAUCGUUGCUUGGUGAGUCAAAACACAUUGCCAUUAACAGGUUUUUAGCGUUGGAAAGAAGACUCGAUAAGGAUGUAAUACUCAAAACACAGUAUGUACAGUUCAUGAAUGAAUAUGCUGAUCUCGGACACAUGGAAAGGGUUGACAUCAACCAAGUUAAUCCUCAUUAUGUCAUCCCACAUCAUGGCGUUUUACGGCCCGAUAGCAGCACCACGAAAUUAAGAGUGGUGUUUGAUGCAUCGUGCAAGACGAGUAGUGGACUAUCGUUAAAUGAUACAAUGUUUACUGGCCCUACAAUUCAAGAGGAAUUGUUUGCGAUUUUACUUCGAUUCAGGUGCCCAAGAUUUGACUUUUGUUCUGACAUUCAAAAAAUGUACAGACAAAUUAUUAUUCAGCCCGAAGAUCAAAGAUAUCAAUUAAUAGUCUGGAGAAGCAAUAAUAACGAACCCUUACAAUUUUAUCGAUUAAAAACAGUCACCUAUGAAACACGAUCAGCCCCAUAUCUGGCUACUACGUGUCUAUAA